GCCGGGGCGCACGGACCGACGGACUGACGGACUCGCGCGCUGCCUGCGCUGCUGGGGGGCGCCGGCACGAGGCGUCGACGGCCAGCUCCAGCCCUCCCAGCCCCGUCGCGCCCCGCCCCGUCCCGUCGGGGCCGAUGGCUCCUCCCGAGGCCCGCAGCCCGGGGGGCGCAGGGUAGAGCGCCGCGGCCGGGCCACACAGCCCGGGGACUCCCGGGCCCUCCCGGAGCCCCGCGGAGUCCCCGCCGUCCGUCCGGCGGGCUCAGGGAGCUAGAGGGAGCGCCCUCCCCCCGCCGCCCCCUCCCCCGAGCGUCGAGACAAGAUGCUGCCCGGGCUCGGGCGCCUGCUGCAAGGUCCCGCCUCGGCCUGCCUCCUGCUGAUGCUCCUGGCCCUGCCCCCAGCAGCCCCCAGCUGCCCCAUGCUCUGCACCUGCUACUCAUCCCCGCCCACCGUGAGCUGCCAGGCCAACAACUUCUCCUCCGUGCCGCUGUCCCUGCCGCCCAGCACGCAGCGCCUCUUCCUGCAGAACAACCUCAUCCGCACGCUGCGGCCCGGCACCUUCGGGCCCAACCUGCUCACCCUGUGGCUCUUCUCCAACAACCUCUCCGCCAUCUACCCGGGCACCUUCCGCCACCUGCAGGCCCUGGAGGAGCUGGACCUCGGCGACAACCGGCACCUGCGCUCUCUGGAGCCCGACACCUUCCAGGGCCUGGAGCGGCUGCAGUCCCUGCAUCUGUACCGCUGCCAGCUCAGCAGCCUGCCCGGCACCAUCUUCCGCGGCCUGGUCAGCCUGCAGUACCUCUACCUCCAGGAGAACAGCCUGCUCCACCUCCAGGAUGACCUGUUCGCGGACCUGGCCAACCUGAGCCACCUCUUCCUGCACGGGAACCGCCUGCGGCUGCUCACGGAGCACGUGUUCCGCGGCCUGGGCAGCCUGGACCGGCUGCUGCUGCACGGGAACCGGCUGCAGGGCGUGCACCGCGCGGCCUUCCGCGGCCUCAGCCGCCUCACCAUCCUCUACCUAUUCAACAACAGCCUGGCUUCGCUGCCCGGCGAGGCGCUGGCCGACCUGCCCGCGCUCGAGUUCCUGCGGCUCAACGCCAACCCCUGGGCGUGCGACUGCCGCGCGCGGCCGCUCUGGGCCUGGUUCCAGCGCGCGCGCGUGUCCAGCUCCGACGUGACCUGCGCCACCCCCCCGGAGCGCCAGGGCCGCGACCUGCGCGCCCUCCGCGAGUCCGACUUCCAGGCGUGCCCGCCCGCGGCGCCCACGCGGCCCGGCAGCCGCGCGCGCGGCAACAGCUCGUCCAACCACCUGUACGGCGUGGCCGAGGCCGGGGCGCCGCCCGCCGACCCCUCCACCCUCUACCGAGACCUGCCCGCCGAAGACCCGCGGGGGCGCCAGGGCGGGGACGCGCCCACAGAGGACGACUACUGGGGGGGCUACGGGGGCGAGGACCAGCGGGGGGAGCAGACGUGCCCGGGCGCCGCCUGCCAGGCGCCCCCGGACUCCCGCGGCCCGGCGCUCUCGGCCGGCCUGCCCACCCCUCUGCUUUGCCUCCUGCUCCUGGCGCCCCACCACCUCUGACUGCGGUGCUGAGACUGAAGAGGCCAGUGUGUCCGUCGCCCGCCCCCGCCCCCCGCUGCGGCUCGGGCCACCCGCCCCCUUACCGCGUCCCGCCCCGGCCUUCCUGUCCCCUCCCCAGGGACAGACCGGCCGCCUCUCCCUGCCUCCUGGGCUGCUGGCUGAGGACGGGGUUGCUUCGGGUGGCUCAGCCCUGUUCUCCCCGAGUCCGGCCAUUAACUCUUUCCCUCCCCAAGCCUGGGGUGGGGCACCCCAGGCAGCCGCUGACCCCUUCUCCCAGUGCCCACCGUGGACUCGAGAGGGGGCUUUUGUCUGCAGAGCGUCUUCCACCAGCAGAGCCUUUGGAAGCUCCCGGGAAGGGAGCCCCACCCAGGAGCCCUUUGGAGGGAUGCCUCAGUUGGGGCCAGGCUAGCCCUAGGCCCUUGCUUAUCCUAGCCCCCCUCAGCCUCCCGACACUGGAGGAAGACUUUUCUCCUAAGUCUACCCGGGACACUUUUUAGGGUGCCUGGAGAGAACUUUCCUCUCCACCGUGGCCCCUGUGUGGUGAAGAUCAACAGAAGUUGUUUGGGGAAAAAAAAAAAAUUUAUUAAAAAAUUCUAUUAUUUUAUCUUCUUCUGUAAGAUUUGUUGGCUCAGGACCUCAAAAGUCGGAGGAGGGCUUAGAACAAUCAGGAUUCCAGGGCCAGGAGGGUUAGAGAAAGGGGAUCCUUCCCAGGCCACCAAAGUGCUUCUUGCUGGCUGGAGAGCUGCUCCCCCAUGAUGAGAAGCUGAAGAUUGAGAAAGAGGGGUGACCCUGGAGUCCCAAGCAGGCCAUUGAAAUCUGGUGAAAUCUGACAGCCAAGAGUGGGUGCUGACAUCGCCUCACCUCCCAUUGGUCCGGGGAAGCAGCUACAGACGACCCUGAGUUGUCUGGUGCCUGAGGAGCUGAGGCUGGGGAAGGCCUCCAGCCUGGUUAACGGCUCCCUCCUAGGCCU